AUGAUGUCUCUACGUCAAACCUUGAGAUUCGUCGCUCCUGCUAGAAGGGCGUUCACUACUUCCAGAAUUGCGCUGCAAAAGCAGCAAUUGGUAAAAACGGCUGCGUCGCUGGCCGAAGUUGACGGCGCUAGCAGUUUAAUCGGUCCAGGUGCCAAACAGGGCGAAGUACCCACUGAUUUGGAGCAAGAAACCGGUCUGGCAAGACUUGAGUUACUCGGUAAGCUUGAAGGUAUCGACGUUUUCGACACCAAGCCUCUGGACUCGUCCAGAAAGGGAACCAUGGAGAACCCAAUUAUCGUCGAAACCUACGACGACUACCGCUACGUCGGUUGCACCGGUUCUCCUGCGGACUCUCACACGACUAUGUGGUUGAAACCCACGGUAGGCAAAGUCGCCAGAUGCUGGGAAUGUGGUUCCGUUUACAAGGUCAACGCUGUCGGUGUGCCCUCUGAUGACAACCACCACUAA